ACCCCCACCCACAAGAUGCCUGUGCCCCCGCUCAUGUGGACAAGGUUUAUCUCUUGAUUCCUUCCAACAUUACAAAAUACCCAAAAUGCCCUUAUCGAGAUAAUGACCAAAAUACCCCUCGGCCCACUGUAUUGGAAUUUGGUCGUGAAACCGAAGAAGCCGGCAAGCUGGACUGUUUUGGAAUUAGACAGGAAAAAACCGGUCAACUGUCCCAAAGGGAAAGUCACCGUCAUGGGUCUUCGGCCGUUACAGGACAAAUUACUUAAGAGAAAAUUCAAAACUAUGAGACACCAAGAAAACUACCAUUCAUCAUUUUCCUCCUCAUCCUCUUCUUCUUCUUUUCUUCAUGGGUGGGCGGAGAAUGGCUGAGGCCACCGGAAAAAUGACCCAACUCUGCCGGAAAAUUGUGCGGGUCAAUAUUAGGGUUAGGAUACUAGACAGAGUAACGAUUUUUCAGAAGUUUUUUAGGUUCAUUUGGGACAGAAUUAUCGUUUGCUCCAUAGGGAAGCCAAUUCGGUACCACCGGCUGUCCCGCCGCUCUCCUCCUCCAUCGCCGUCGCCGGAGACGAUCGAGUCCGGGUUGCAGUCGGAUGACCCGUCGACAGCUGCCGGAGACAGCGAUUCCGAUUUAGUGAGCUUGAAGAUAUGCGUGAUGGGGGAUUGCCAAAUUGGAAAAACCAGCUUCCUCAUUAAGUAUGUAGGUGAUGAACAAGAAAAAAAAUGUUUAGAAAUGACGGGAUUGAAUUUAAUGGACAAAACAUUAAUCGUCCAAGACGCCCGAAUUGCAUUCAGCAUAUGGGAUGUCGGAGGUGAUCAUACUUCACUUACUCAUGUUCCAAUCGCUUGCAAAGACGCAGUGGCGAUCCUGUUCAUGUUCGAUCUUACCAGUCGAUGUACACUAAACAGUGUAAUUGGAUGGUAUAGCCAAGCAAGAAGGUGGAAUCAGACGGCGAUCCCGAUCAUGAUUGGAACCAAAUUUGAUGAUUUUGUGAAACUUCCUCCGGACUUACAAAGGCCGAUCGUGACCCAGGCAAGAGGAUAUGCCAGGGCUAUGAAGGCAACACUCUUCUUCUCAAGUGCCACACACAACAUAAAUGUGAACAAAAUCUUCAAAUUCAUCAUGGCCAAGCUCUUCAAUCUGCCAUGGACUGUCCAAAGAAACUUAACCAUCGGAGAACCCAUCAUAGACUUCUGAAAUACUCGUAUUUUACACCACUAAUCGUCAUACGAUCUCAUUGUACAUAGCAAAAGAGAAGAAGAACACUGAAUAGUUGACCAUUUUUGGUAUUUGAUUUUUUUUUUUUUUUUUUUUUUUUUUGCCCAAAUUGUAAUAUUCAAUAAUUGUAACAAGCAUUUCCCUCUUCGUGUUUUUUUCUAAGGAAUGAAGUGAAGAUGAAAGGAUUACAAACA